AUGAGGAUAUUGGUUUCGUUCUCUAUAUUUGCUGUAGUGGUUUUCGCUACUGAGGAACUGGCGACCUCUGAACGAACCGCCUUUACUGUCGAAGGAAAUGUCAUAUUCCCUUCAUCAGCUACGAUGGGUCGCAAAUGGGCUGCCAACUCUCGAGUGCUUUUGAAUCAUGGCGAAUACAUUGGAUUUGUUCGUGAGGAUGGGUCGUUUGUGGUUGACAAUGUCCCAAGCGGCAGUUACGUUGUUCAGGUAGAGAACGUGGAUUUCGUAUUCGAGCCUAUUCGUGUGGAUAUUACUGCAAAAGGCAAAAUUCGAGCGAGGAAGCUGACUUUACUGCAGCCAAAUGUAGUUAAUCAGUUACCCUACCCGUUGAAGUUGAGCUCCCGGGAAGCCACACGGUAUUUCCGUAAACGAGAGGAAUGGCGAAUUACUGAUAUGCUCAUGAACCCUAUGGUGCUUAUGCUGGUUGUGCCGCUCGUGAUCAUGCUCAUCAUUCCAAAAAUGACCGCAAAUGAUCCUCAACUACAAAAGGAAAUGGCUGAAAUGCAGCUUCCAAAGAUGGAUAUGCCUGACGUCAGCGAGAUGAUGGCAAACCUCUUCGGUGGUGGUGCACCGAAGCCAAAGAAAAAAGCAAUUGCUGGAGGGCAGCAGAAGAAAAAGUGA